GUUUCUGUAAACACUGAAGCGUAUCCGGCUAGCUUACCUUGCUAGCUGCUAACAAACAAAGAUUCAACACUAAGUAUCGCUAAGCAGAGAUGGAGUGUGAGUGUAAAGUGUUGCGAUUGUGUGAAAAUGACACACACACAAAAAUGUAAUCGAGUGAGGAAAAGCUGAAAUGUCGAUUUAAUCCUACAUUUCCUGCAAAUUCCCAAGACAUGGGUCUUGACGAGCGUGUAAUAACACCUCCUCGCCUGAGGGAGGCAGUAAUGCUAGAAUGUACAAGCCGUGUCUCGCUUACCGGAAGUAAAUAUCAAGACGGUGGAAGCGUUAGCAAGGUCCAUAUUAUCCCAUAUGAUUGCGGUCAUCACGUUUUUUUUUUUGUUUAGUUUUAAUUCUGUAUGCAUUUCUAUGCUGUAAAAGAAUAAUACUCAACACGUUCAUCUUUUUGAAGCGUAAUUCGUUUCAGGCUAGCAAAAGCUGCACUGCUAACACAGAAACCCGGAAGUGUGAGUGUAAAGUGUCGCGAUCGUGUGAAAAUGUGUCCAAAUGUCCAAAUGCUGAGAGCGUUGGUGAACCAGCGACUAGCUUUGGCUGUGGAAGAAAUAUUUGUAGUGUUGGAAAGAACCAUAGCAGAGUACGAGGAGGAACUUUGUCGAACAAAAGAGGAGAACGAGCGACAACGUCAACUACUGGACGCUGUUGUCAAGAAGCCCCGGGUUGUGUUACACAGAGCAGUCAUCAGAGAUGAACAUCUUCACCCUGAGCAGCGGUGCAGCUGCGGGAUGGAGGAGGAGGAGCCGCUGCUCCCCUGCAUUAAAAAGGAAGAGGAGGAUGACAGCAUCGGCCAGGAGGGGUUUGAAGGACUGGAGGAGUUCCCGGUGUUUGGAGUCCUUGUGACGAGCGAAGAGCCUCCGAGCAGCAGCUCAACUCAACACAUGACAGAAGCCGAUGGAGACCACCGUGGAGGAUCACCAGCAGACCCGAGCAAUGACGCUGACAACAAACAACUGAAAUGCUCUCAUUGCCACAAAAGCUUUAAAUGCAUUUGGGAUCUGACGAGACACAUGAGGGUCCACACGGGAGAGAAACCGUUUGCAUGCAUCGUUUGCGGUCGCAGAUUCACCCAGAAGCCACAUUUGGUAACGCACGCCGGCACCCACACCAAGGAAAAGGCCACACCUGCCCGUCCACGGCGCGAUACGGAUUUUGGAGGAACGUUUUUGACAGAUCGACAUCCAUGCUCGACCUGCAACAAAAGCUUCUGUGACCAGACACAGCUGGUGAGGCACAUCCGGAGACACACUGGAGAGAAAGUGUUUCGGUGCAGGGGGUGCGGUGAACGAUUCUUUUACAAGUACCAGCUGAAGAAGCACGAGUGCGCCGGGUAGAACGGAGGCCAGGAAGCAACUCAACGGUGAAGAGACUUCCGGGGUGGGGCGUGGCUCCCUGUGGCCGAGCAGGAAAGGGGCGGGAUGUAAGGCUUGGCGGCACCAGUGAAGGAUGUAGGCUACCAAACCGAGGCGGACAGAACCUUGACAUGAUUGUUACGUGUGUAACACCGUCCUGAAACGUAAUAAAGACCAUGGCGGCGUUGCAUUGACCUUGUGUUAGCGUGUUUGCUAAUGCUAAUGUGCUAAUGCUAAUAAUAAAAGAUGGCAAACGACUUUAAACGUCUUCUGUCAUCAUUUGACUUGACUUGACUGUGAUCAUCUCCACGGGCUUCCUGUUUCAAUGGUGGACAUUUUUGAGACUCCCAUCUCAGAUCAUUUCCGUUCCUUCCAGUGUUCCUGCUCCUCCACCUGUCAAUCAGCCUCCAGGUCCAGGUCAUCGCUGUAAAUU